AUGGCCGACGAUAAACAAAUUGAAGUAAUGAAUAAAUUAGAAAAUUUAAAAGAAUUAAGGACAAGAGUUUUACAGUUGGAGAAAGUUAAAGUUAAAAUGAAGCAAGAUGUUGACAUCACAGAAACUGAAGAUAAAUAUUUACAUGAAUAUAAACAAGAGAUGGAGCUGCUUUUGCAAGAAAAGAUGGCUCAUGUGGAAGAACUUAGGCUUAUCCAUGCUGAUAUUAAUUUGAUGGAGGCCACUAUAAAGCAAGCAGAAGAAGAGAGAAAUAGAGCUCUAGAAAAUGCAAAGAAGUUAUAUGAAGAAUAUAAACCAUUAAAAGAUGAAGUUGAUAUAAUGAGAUCUAGAAUAGGUUUAGAGAAACUACCAGAAUUACAAGAGGAAGAACAAAAGUUGAAUUCUGAUUUUUUUGAGAAACAGAAUACUGAAUGGCAUCAGGAGACUCCAGAACCACCAUUACCUCAAACCUUACAGGUAGCUGCUGCUGCAGCCCAGAAUAUACAAGUACCUAGAAAUCCUACCACUAGUAAUCCUAAAACAGAACGUCAAACAUUCCGACAACAACCACCACCAAUGAAGGCUUGUCUUUCCUGUCAUCAACAAAUUCAUCGUAAUGCACCAAUUUGUCCACUAUGUAAAGCUAAAAGUAGAUCACGAAAUCCCAAGAAACCAAAAAGAAAAAUGGAUGAAUAGAAUGGCCUGUUUAGUUGGUCUGUAGCUGUGAAGUUUAUGUAUCUGUUAUAGGAGUAAAUGUUAUGGUAUAUGUAGUAUGUGUGGUUUUGUUUAGUUUUAAUCUACAAUCAUGUUUAAUGACUAUAGAGGACUGCUGAGGAUAUUUUCUUUCAUAUGCAAUUGUUAAGGAUAUUUCAUUUUAAUGCGCUCUUCCUAGUAGAUACUAUGUGAAAUUAAAAUAUGUUUUCACAUGAAAAAGAAAUUGAGCUCUAUAUUUUACUGAAAAAAGCAACAAUUUAAAUUUCUAUCUUCAUUUAAGGCUGUAAUUGUUAUACAUGUAUAUCACUAUAUGAAGGUUUAUCUAUGUAAGAAUAUAAAAAUGAAUGCAGUAUUAUUAAAGAAAUUUUUUUUUGACAUCCAUCAUUUAGUUAGAUUUGCAUUUUUACAUUAAUUUGGACAUCAUGUAUUUUUCAUACACAUGUAUUAUGACAUUAUUUUUUAUGUAUUUGGAUAACAUAUUAUUUUCAUCGAUUUGGACAUCAUAUAUUUUUCAUUUUAUUAGACAUCAUAUAUGUUUUCAUUUAUUAUGACAUCAUGUAUUUGACAUAUUACAUAUUUCCAUUAUUUAGUAUUUCAUCAAUAUUGUAAAUCCUUUUAAGUUAAUAAAACCUUAAAGAAAAU